GAAGGACUUUUCCUGGUCGCCGGAUGUGACGUGGGGAUCAAGGCGCGCCGGAGGCCACGGAGAAAGCGCCGAGAAGGAGGGCCCCGCCUGAGGUCUGGCAGUCAGUGACAGAGCCGGGCGCCCACUGCCCAAGCGUCCUCAACAGCACCAUGCCCGCACUUCUGGAGCGCCCCAAGCUUUCCAACGCCAUGGCCAGGGCUCUGCACCGGCACAUCAUGAUGGAGCGAGAGCGCAAACGGCAGGAGGAGGAAGAGGUGGACAAGAUGAUGGAACAGAAGAUGAAGGAAGAGCAGGAGAGAAGAAAGAAAAAGGAGAUGGAAGAGAGGAUGUCACUAGAAGAGACCAAGGAACAAAUUCUGAAGCUGCAGGAGAAGCUUUCGGCUCUACAGGAGGAGAAGCACCAGCUUUUCUUGCAGCUCAAAAAAGUUUUGCAUGAGGAAGAAAAGAGGAGACGAAAGGAGCAGAGUGACCUGACCACUCUGACAUCAGCUGCAUACCAGCAGAGCCUGACUGUUCACACAGGAACUCACCUCCUCAGCAUGCAGGGGAGUCCUGGAGGACACAAUCGCCCAGGUACUCUGAUGGCAGCUGACAGGGCCAAGCAGAUGUUUGGACCCCAGGUGCUUACGACCCGGCACUACGUGGGAUCUGCAGCUGCUUUUGCAGGGACCCCAGAACAUGGACAAUUCCAAGGCAGCCCAGGGGGUGCCUAUGGGACUGCUCAGCCCCCACCUCACUAUGGGCCUACACAACCAGCCUAUAGUCCUAGCCAGCAGCUCAGAGCCCCGUCUGCAUUUCCUGCUGUGCAGUACCUGUCUCAGCCGCAGCCACAACCCUAUGCAGUGCAUGGUCACUUUCAGCCCACCCAGACAGGAUUCCUCCAGCCUGGUGGUGCCCUGUCUUUGCAAAAGCAGAUGGAACAUGCCAAUCAGCAGACUAGCUUCUCUGACUCCUCUUCUCUGCGGCCCAUGCAUCCCCAAGCUCUGCAUCCAGCCCCUGGACUCCUGGCUUCCCCCCAGCUCCCUGUGCAGAUGCAAGCAGCGGGAAAGUCAGGUUUUGCCACUACCAGCCAACCUGGCCCUCGACUCCCUUUCAUCCAGCACAGCCAGAAUCCACGAUUCUACCACAAGUAACCACCAGAUUGCAACCUAUCCCUCCAUCCCUCAUGGUGGGGGGUCUUCCUAUGUGCCCCAAACCAAUAAAAUGUACCCACU